UCAUGACUGACAUUUAGCUCAUCCAGCUGUUCCCGGUGUGAGUUCUCCUCAUUUUUUCUUAGAUUUUUAUUUGAAAAAAUAAUUAUUGUUAUGUGCUUGCGCAACCAGUGUUGUUUUGACUAAAGUUAAGCUAACCGACACGUAUUGCAUUCACGAUGAAUUUCAUUAAAAGUGCGCUAACUUUAACCCGCAAUUUGGCCACAAACUUCACUCAAAGUUUACCAGCAAAAACAAACUACUUGACAAGCAGUUCUGGAUUGAGUGUCCGCAAUUUCGCCACUGUCUUCACUCAAAGUUUACCAGCAAAAUUAAACAAUUUCACAAGAAAUCCUGUACUGAGUGCCCUCAACCAAAUCCAAAUUCGUAAUGCAUCGUCUCUAUAUCAGAUGCAUAGAAGGGGACCACACUUUAAGAUUCGACCGCCGCGUAAACCAUUGGGUGGUGCACCGUUCGCCAAAGGUGUUGUGCUGAAGACAUUGAUCAAGAAACCGAAGAAACCGAAUUCGGCUAACCGAAAAUGUGUCCUGGUGAGACUGUCCACUGGCAAGGAAAUGGUUGCAUAUAUACCCGGUAUCGGACACAAUUUGCAAGAGCACAAUAUUGUACUGGUGCGAUGCGGACGAUUGCGAGAUGUGCCCGGUGUGAAACUAAAGUGUGUUCGAGGUGCUUACGAUCUUCCGCACGUUAUUAGAAAGCCGCAUUAUACAAAGAAAUAGGACAAUUGUGCGUUGGAGAAAUGAGGGUGUCAGAAGCUAGAUUGUCUUUUGAUUGGUUCAUCGGUAGACAUAAAAUAAAAUAAAUUCAGUUUUCAUUUAAAAAAUCA